AAUCUCAACAAGCAAACAAUCAAAAUCAUCAUCUCAAUCAUGAAGGCCUCUUACAUUCUCGCUAUCGUUGCCAUCUUCGCUGCCGUUGUCUCCGCUGACAGAAGCCAAGAAGCCGAAGCUAUUGGAAACAAGGGUGGUGUUUCUGGCUUGUUCAACAACAAGUUCAAGGGUGGUUUUGCCGCUGACAAUGGCGUCGACAACAAGGUUUCCCAGGACAAUUAAAAAUCGUAAUCCAUACUAUUCUUUCCAGGCCGUUCCGUAUCUAAUUAAUUGGACAUGAUCUUGUGUAUUCAUUUGUGAUAAUGGCUACGGAUAUUUAGAAUAUUGCACACUAUUUUUUCUUCUUCUUUUAAUUGUCAUAAACAUCGAUAUAAGCGGGAUAUUUUUCAUUUCUGAAGUAUCAGCGCAUUUUGAUAUUCUCUUGCUAAAUAAUAGCUAUAUAUUAUUUAGUAUUGAUAGUUUCAUUAUAUAAAACCCAUUUAAACCAUACAAACUGUUCCUAUUUUAUGCUGUGAAAUGAAGUGGUCCAUACAAUUACAUUUCCUCUAAAAGUCUAAUUUAUUGAUAGUACGAGUAACAAAGUACUAAAAUAUUUGAGUAUUAGUCUCUCCUACUUUAAAACUGGCAUACAAUAAAUGCACUUUUCAUUUUUUUAAG